AGAGAGAGAGAGAGAGAGAAGGAGAGAGGUAGACAGAGAUGUAUAUUCUCAGUCCUUCGGUCAGUGGCAGAGAGCUUGGUCAUUCCAGAACAGCUCAGGACAGUCCUAGUCCCAAGUCUGUUUUGGAGGGUGGACCGGACAGCAUGUCGGAUUCAGAACCCAAAGUGAACUCUAAAAAAGCCGGCAUCCGGGCUGCUGUCAUUCUGAUCGGACUACUGCACAAGUCCAGACGGCAGAAGGAGAGAGAGAGGGAGAAGGAGCGGAAACAAGAGUUGCUGACUAUCUCCAGUGUGCCUCUGGGAGAAUGUCCACCUUCACCUCCCCGCACCGCACCCCCCACCAUGAAGUCGGCAGAGUUCUUCGACAUGCUGGAAAGGAUGCAGAUUCCCAAAGCAGAGGAGACUAAGAAAUACAAGGAUGACUAUAUCCCGUACCCCCGGAUCGAGGAUGUGCUGGAGAAGGGUGGUCCAUACCCUCAAGUUAUUUUACCUCAGUUUGGAGGGUACUGGAUUGAAGACCCAGAGGCUCCAGUCGGGACGCCCACAUCCUCAGACAGCAGCUUCUGUGAGGAGGAGGAUGAUGGUGUGAGUCCUAGUGGAGGAGGAGGUGGAGGUGGAUUCAGCUACAGGAUGGAAUGUAACAGCACGUCACGAGCCUAUCGCAAACACUUUCUUGGGAAGGAGCACAUGAACUAUUACUGUACAGCCAGCAGUAUGGGACACCUCAUAAUGUCUCUGAAGUAUGAGGACGCAGAUGGACAGGAGUCACUGCGCAUCAUGCUCAGGUCAAAAACAAAGACUCUUCAUGAGCGAAUCCCUCUCGAAGGUCUCAUUCAUCUGCCAAGCAUACCACAGAUUGCCAAGCUGCUCUGUGAUGACGUCACAGGUCUGAAGUUCAACCCCGUCCUCUACCCCAGGGCUUCGCAACUGAUCGUCAGCUUUGAUGAGCACGAAGUGAACAACACUUUCAAGUUUGGAGUCAUUUAUCAGAAGUUCGGUCAGACGUCAGAGGAAGAGCUGUUCGGGAACAACGAGGAGACGCCUGCGUUUGCUGAAUUCCUCAGUGUUUUAGGAGACAAUAUUGAAUUGCAGGAUUUUAAAGGGUUCAGAGGUGGUCUGGAUGUGUCUCACGGACAGACGGGAUCUGAGUCUGUAUAUACUACGUUUCGUCAGAGAGAAAUCAUGUUUCACGUUUCCACAAAACUCCCCUUCACAGAAGGAGACAUUCAGCAGCUCCAGAGGAAGAGACAUAUUGGCAAUGACAUAGUGGCAGCCGUCUUCCAGGAAGAGCCCACGCCAUUCGUACCUGAUAUGAUCGCAUCCAACUUCCUUCAUGCCUACAUAUUAGUGCAGGCAGAAAACCCCUGCACCGAUCACACAACAUACAAGGUGUCCGUCACGGCACGAGAGGAUGUCCCACCAUUCGGCCCCCCACUGCCAAACCCCUCAGUCUUUAAGAAGGGUCCUGAAUUCAGAGAAUAUUUCCUGACAAAACUGAUCAAUGCAGAGAAUGCUUGCUACAAAUCAGACAAGUUCGCCAAGUUGGAGGAGAGGACACGGGCAGCGCUGUUAGAUAACCUUCACGAUGAACUGCACAGACAGACACAGGCUACGGUAGGACUGGGCUCUGCUACAGAUGAAGAAAAGCUGGAAAAUGGAGGUCAUGGUGGACUGCUGGAGUCAUUUAAGAGGGCCAUGCGUGUGAGGAGCCACUCCAUGGAGACGAUGGUGACUCACAAACACAAGAGUCCUGGGGCAGUGGCAGGCGUCCCGUCCAGUGUGAGUGGCGGAGGACUCCAGCAGAACAACAUGGAGUGCACCAAGAGCACCUUCACUCCUCCAGUUCUGUCUGCGAAGUCCCCAUUGAAGAGUCCAGUAAAGCGGCGCUCGGGUCUGUUUCCCAGACUGCACUCCAGCACAGAAAGUCCAACUGAGAAACAUCCCACUCGCAGUGACCAAAAAACAGAAGUGUUCCCUCCCUCACAGGAAGUGAGGUCAGAGACAUCGUCCAAUCCGAGCUCUCCAGAAAUCUGCCCAAACAAAGAAAGGCCUUUUGUGAAGCUGAAAGAGUGCAGUGGCAGAGCCAAUAUCUCCAUCUCCAGAUCCUCCUCCAGCACCAGCAGCUUCAGCAGCACUGCAGGAGAAGGAGACGCUCUGGAGGAGCUCGAGAUGAUCAGUCAACCAUCCACGGCUUCAUCCGUCUACAGUCCAUCUCUCAGUGUGGAGAGCCAGAGCUCUGGGACGCCGCUGAUCAUGUGCCGCAGCCCCACAGAUGUGAAAAGCAAAACUUCACCGAGGUCAAACUUGAAAUUCCGCUUUGACAAACUGAGUCACUCCACAGGUCAUUAGGUCUGACAGAAAACACUGCUGGGACAAAAGGCAGUGACUUUGAAUGGAUUUUUAUAGAUUGGAAGAAAAAGGGACCAUUUUCUCUAGCGAAUGCAACAGUUACGACUGUUCAACAUAAUACACAACUCAACACUAUGUUAAAAAAACAAAAGUAAAGAGUUUAGGGCACGGAAACACCAGUCUUAGUAGAAAAAGCAACAACUGUGUCUGUUUUUUCCAGCAUUUUAAAUGUUUGUGUUGAAAACUCUCUUUGCCUAUAGCUGCGAAUGAAUGCUUUCUAGACAGACGCUCAAUAUUAACACAAUACUUGAAGAGGACAAGACAUUAAAUGUUACAAGAGUGAACAGAAGUAGUGAUUACGGGUCAUUCGGAGGAGACUUGUAACGUCGGCCGUCAAUGUUAAGCCUUAAAAUACUGUACACGAUAGACAGAUGAAGGAUUCUGAUUUUUCGGAGUGAUGUAAAAGAGAAAAAGCUUUCUUGAGGGCAACCAAAGAGAAAGAUUACCAGGGUUUAUUUGUGGUAAACUAUGAGAUCGAUGGUGAAAACACACUUUGUUAUAUGAGUUGGUUGCUCAUUUCGCCGUACAUUUAGUUCUUGAUGUUCUAUUUGUUCAACACUGAUUGAGCAGCUGCUGUUGACUGUAUUGAGGAGACACAAAUUAACUAACAAAAUAUUAUUUACAGAUAACAGCUCUGUAAAUUAAAAUCGAUUUUUACUUUGAGUGAAAUGUCAUUUUUGUUUAAAUCUGCGAGUUUAAAAUGAAAACAUUGUCUUUUUUUGGAUAAAAUAACAAGUGUUAUUUUUAGACAUAUUUAUAUAAAUUUUUACACAACAUAAAACCAAUAUUUAAACUUCAGAAUAUUAAAAUAAAUAUCAAAUAACCUCAAAUUUCAAUUAAAAAAAUCUACAUGACAGUAUUUUAUUUGAAAUAUGGAGGAAAUGUUAUUGACAUUUUUAAAUUAUCAGUUGAACAAACACAAAUGAACAUUUUACUCAAAACAACUACCUAUGGAGCCAAAUAUUUCUAAAAAAUAAAAUACAUUUACAAAGUGCACAUACAUUUCAUACAUCCACAAAACGGUUCAAAUUUACAAAAUUCAAUUCACAAAUUCAAAACAUGAUUCAUAAAUACACAAAUCCAAUUCUUAAAUUUUAAAAUGCGAUUCAUAAAUACAUAAAUCCAAUUUGUGAAUUCAAAGCAUGAUUUAAAAAUACACAAAUCAAAAUUUUAAAUUUAAAACGUGAUUCAUAAAUACACAAAUCCAAUUCGUAAAUUCAAAAUGCAAUUCAUAAAUACACAAAUCCAAUUCGUAAAUUCAAAUGUGAUCCGUAAAUACACAAAUCAAAUUUGUAAAUUCAAAACGCGAUUCAUAAAUACACAAAACCAAUUCGUAAAUUCAAAACGCGAUUCAUAAAUACACAAAACCAAUUCGUAAAUUCAAAACGCAAUUCAUAAAUACAUAAAACCAAUUCGUAAAUUCAAAACGCAAUUCAUAAAUACACAAAACCAAUUCGUAAAUUCAAAACGCAAUUCAUAAAUACAUAAAACCAAUUCGUAAAUUCAAAACACGAUUCAUAAAUACACAAAACCAAUUCGUAAAUUCAAAACGCGAUUCAUAAACACACAAAUCCAAUUCGUAAAUUCAAACCAUGAUUUAAAAAUACACAAAUCCAAUUUGUAAAUUCAAAAUGUGAUUCGUAAAUUCAAAACAUGAUUUAAAACUACACAAAUUCAAUUCGGAAAUUCAAAACUUGAUUCAUAAAUACCCAAAUACAGUUCGUAAAUACAAAACGAAUUUAUAAAUACACAAAUCCAACUCAUAAAUUCAAAACACGAUUUAUAAAUUGGAUUUGGGUAUUUAUAAAUUUAAAACAUGGUUUUAAAAUACACAAAUCCAAUUCUAAAAUUGAAAACGCGAUUCAUAAACACACAAAUCCAAUUCAUAAAUUCAAAAUAUGAUUCGCAAAUACACAAAUCCAAUUUGUAAAUUUAAAACAAGUUUUAAAAAUUUGCAAAUACAGUUCGUAAAUUUAAAACGUGAUUUGUAAAUACACAAAUCCAAUUCGUAAUUUCAAAAUGCGAUUCGUAAAUACACAAAUCCAAUUCAUUUGGCAAAAAUAUUCAUGAUUUUUCUUUUGAAUUCCCAAAUUAAGUGUUGAAUUUAUGAAUUGUGUUUUGAAUUUACAAAUUAGAUUUUGUAAAUGUGAAUUGUGCUGUGCAUGUAUGAAUUUCAUUUUGUAAAUGUUAUACUUUUGAGACUGAUCUGGCUCCAUACAUACCUAUUAAUAUCAAAUCCAGGGAACCAAUGAUACUUUUCCAGAGCUGUAUCAGUUAAUUCAAUCUCAUAGUAGAAAGCACAGAAACAUAAACAUGUUUUUUUUUUCUUAUUUGCUGAUGUACACAAAAUUGUUCCCAUUUUUCUAAAUGCUUCCCAAAGUAUACUUCCAUAUUUAUGUGUAUGCUAGGGUUUGUGCAUCAUACACACACACACACACA